CCGGUCGCAUCUUUCAUUCCUUUCUCAUCUCCAGCACGCCACCGCCUCCUCGUUUCACCCCCAUCCCUCACUUUCCUUGCAGGCCAAUAUCUGGCUGUCCGUUCCCUUCUGCACUGUUGCGUCUCUUCUUUUAACGUCCAGCGCUUUCUUUGCCUUCAGCUUGGAAAAUGGUUUACCGUCAAAAUCACGAUCCCUAUUAUUCGCACACAAACAAUUAUAACAGUUACAACCAAUACAGCAACACUGGUGUUGUUGACUACCCGUCAUCUCAAGGAUACAAUGAAUAUGAUACUCAAGGCAACUGGGAUAGCAAGUCUACCAAGUCCUUCCAGAGCAGCCAUGCCGGUUCACAAGCUCACUUGAAUCCUUAUGAGAUGAGCCAGGUCUCUUCUCCUCCAGUACCACCCAUGCCUUAUCAGCAGCAGCAAAACUAUCCUCCAAUACAUCGUCCUGGGAUGUACCACCAGACUAGCAGUGCUGGGUAUUCAAUUGCUAGGGAGAAGAUACUGAAACGGCGUUCCGUUAGACAAGUUGAGCUCUUCCAGGGGAAUCUUGUCCUCGACAUGGACGUCCCGACUCGACUCGUUCCCCCAGGCAAGGAACAUGAAGAGGAGAUGACCAAAAUGCGCUAUACCGCCGCCACCUGCGAUCCCGAUGAUUUCAUGAAGUCCCGCUAUUCUCUCCGACCGUACUUGUAUGGCCGUCAUACGGAGCUUUUUAUUGUGAUGACCAUGUACAACGAGGACGAGAUACUAUUUGUGAAAACUAUGAAUGCCGUGCUCAAAAACAUUGCCCAUCUUUGCGGCCGCAGCAGGUCGAGCACAUGGGGUCCUGAAGGCUGGAAAAAGGUCGUGGUUUGCGUAGUCUCAGACGGACGGAACAAGGUCAACAAACGAACAUUGCAAGUACUCAGCUUGAUGGGGGUCUAUCAAGAAGGUAUUGCAAAAGAUUCGGUCGCAGGAAAGGACGUCACAGCCCACAUCUUCGAGUACACGACAAGUGCUAUUGUUACAUCUACUGGUGAGGUGUCGCAAGGCCCUUGCCCCGUCCAAAUUUUGUUUUGCCUCAAGGAACAAAAUAAGAAAAAACUCAACAGUCACCGAUGGUUCUUUAAUGCGUUCGGACCACUCAUCAAGCCCAAUGUCUGUGUGCUUCUGGAUGUCGGAACGAAGCCCACGGGGACUUCAAUCUAUGAGCUCUGGAAGUGUUUCGACAAACACGACUACGUAGGUGGAGCCUGCGGAGAAAUAUGCGUAGAUACUGGGAGAGCUUGCUCGCUCCUACUGACAAAUCCCCUCGCAGCCUCUCAGAAUUUUGAAUACAAAAUGUCCAACAUUCUCGAUAAGCCCCUUGAGAGCAUUUUCGGCUACAUUAGCGUCCUUCCUGGCGCCUUCAGUGCAUACAAAUACAAGGCCCUUCUUAACGGCCCCGAUGGCAAGGGUCCUCUUGCUUCGUAUUUCAAAGGCGAGUCCAUGCACGGCGGAGGUAGUAAUGCCGGUCUGUUUGAAAGGAAUAUGUACCUCGCCGAAGAUCGUAUCCUCUGUUUCGAGAUCGUCACCAAGAAACAUGAAGGCUGGAUGUUGAAGUAUGUGAAGAGCGCAAAGGCAGCUACCGAUGUUCCCACUACUGUUCCGGAGUUCAUCUCGCAGCGCCGUCGAUGGUUGAACGGUUCAUUGUUUGCUUCGAUCCAUGCAACAGUGUUCUUUUGGAGGAUAUUCACAUCUGGUCAGAACUUCAUCAGGAAGUUUAUUCUAUUUCUGGAGUUUAUCUAUAAUGCCGUUCAGCUGGUCUUUACUUGGACAUCGUUGGCAAAUUUCUACUUAGCAUUCUUCUUCUUGGUCUCAUCAGCAACAUCAGACACUUCGACAGAUGCGUUCAACUUCCUCGGUGGCAACGCUGGGAAAACUGUGUUUGAAGUUUUCUUGAAAUUGUACAUCGCUCUUCUAUUCGUGAUUCUGGUCUGCUCCCUGGGUAAUCGGCCACAGGGCUCCAAAUGGACAUAUACUUUGGCUAUCUUACUUUUCGGAUUGUGUAAUGUCAUCACGGUGUGGUGCGCUGCUUGGACGGUGUAUCUUGCCGUUCCGCACACCGUGGAAGGUUGGAAAGACUUCCCAGAAUUGGUAAAAACCACGCCUGCUCUCCAAGACAUUGUUAUCUCCCUAGCGGCAACUUACGGAUUGUAUUUCAUCAGCUCGUUCAUGCACUUUGAGCCAUGGCACAUGUUCACAAGUUUCAUCCAAUACAUGUUUCUCCUUCCGUCUUAUGUCAACAUUCUCAUGAUGUAUGCCAUGUGCAACCUUCACGAUGUCACCUGGGGUACUAAAGGUGAUGAUGGUUCGCACAAGGACCUUGGCGGCGCCAAGAAAGUGAAAGGUGAAGGCGGGAAAGAGAUGAUGGAAGUGGAGAUUCCGACGGCUCGGGAAGAUGUCGAUCAACUAUGGAUGGCGGCGAGGAAUUCGUUGAAAGUCAAACCGCAAGACGAGAAAGAACAUCGAGACGCUACAACAAAACAAGCUGAUCACGACAGGAACAGCAGAACGAAUGUUGUGCUUGCUUGGGUGGGCUCAAACAUGGUCAUGAUUGUUGUGUUCACUUCGACGGCGUUCACGAACUGGGUUGCGAAGCAUGUUGAAACGGAGGACGAUGCCGCCUUCAAUCCGUAUCUGACCUUCUUAUUCAUUGCGCUCGCUGGUCUGUCUGCUGUACGUUUCACAGGGUCCCUCCUAUACCUCAUAUUCCGCCUAUUUGGACAUUAGUCCUUUCGUUUUCAUUUUGUCACGCAGACUGCCAGCAGCGGCCGGGCUUUUAUGCAUGUAUUUUCGCGCUACAUCUUGGAAAGGAAUGUUUUUUUUGUGUAUGU